UCAACGUGAUGCUCAUGACAUCAGCCUUACCGCCAGCCACGCAAUCGUGCGUCGUGCUUCUAUUUUUACUCUAAAAAGCUAUUUUUGAACAGGGGUGCACCAACGUGCUUUAGACUCUGGCAGAGAAGACAAUAUAAGUAGGCAGUCAGACCGAAAGCUUGUAGUACUUUUAUGUCAUUUUCAAAGCUGCCAUCAUGUCAAUGCGCAAUUGCGCAGCCAGGAAACCCUGAGCUGUGAGACCAGUGGCAUGACAAGGGUGCUUGAAAAGUACCGCAGCGCCUUACGAGAACAAGCCUCCUGCUGUGACCCUAUUCCCGUGAAACGGACUUCCAAAUUUCCUCACAAUAAUCAGGUGAGCAUUCUCUCUAUGAAUUUCCUGCGACCUAACCUUGGACGCUGUUGGAGGGACCGCUUCGUUUAUUGAAAACAUUUGGUGUUAGGGGAGGGCAAGCAUGACAAUAUAUUGGAUAUGUUGUGACUGCAACUCACGAUGACAGUUUGCAUCAGGACUGUGGAUGCACUCAUCAAAAGUCUAGAUAUUUGAGCGCAAGCACCAUGGACGCAGCGGACAUAGUUGCUUCUGUGUUGGUUUUGGUGAUUAAUGUCGUGUCACUGCUGUCCAACGUUGUGGUGCUGAUCUGCUUUCUGUACAACCCGGAGAUCCGCAAACAGGUACCCGGUCUUUUUAUUCUUAACUUGACGUUUUGUAACCUGUUGCUUAGCGUGUCCAGCAUGCCACUAACUCUGGUCGGGCUCAUCACCAAGGGCCACCCCGGAGGCAGCGGCUUCUGUCAAAUUGUGGGUUUCCUCGACACUUUUCUCACCACAAACUCCAUGCUCAGCAUGGCAGCUCUCAGCAUAGAUAGAUGGGUGGCGGUGGUGUUCCCGCUGAGCUACCACUCAAGAAUACGGCACCGGGAUGCAGUGAUAACGCUGGGAUACACGUGGAUACACUCACUUUGCUUCUCCACAGUAGCCACCUGCCGCUCCUGGGUCGGGUACCACCACCUUUACGCAUCGUGCACUCUCUGCAAUGUCAGGGCGAAGGGAGCCGGGACGCAGUUUAUCAUUUUCACAGUGGCUUUGCACUCUCUCACUUUCCUCCUGACGCUGAUCGUGUUGUGUGUAACGUAUCUCAAAGUGCUGAAAGUUGCACGGUUUCACUGUAAACGCAUCGACGUGAUCACUAUGCAGACGUUGGUGCUGCUUGUGGAUAUUCACCCCAGUGUGCGCCAGAAAUGCUUGGAUGAGCAGAAACGGAGGAGGCUGAGAGCCACCAAGAAGAUCAGUACAUUCAUCGGCACAUUUGUGGUGUGCUUCACCCCUUAUGUCAUUACAAGAAAAAAGAGUGCUGGGGAUCACAGGCAAGAGGAUGAAGCUGAGGAGCCUGAUUGCAGCGGCCAACCAGAUCUGGAGCACCUGGGUCCAGAUCAGGAAUGCCCUUCCUGAGGAGAUCAGGCAUGCUGAAUUAUUAUUAUUAUUAUUAUUAUUAUUAUUAUUAUUAUUAUUUACUUGUCUGUUUGUUUGUUUUACUCAUUUUAUUGUUUCUAUAUUCAUAUAUAAAAUUGGCCCUGUAAUACAUGGUGCUCAGUGCUCACUGACUCACUGUCUCUUUUCCUAUGCCUUUUUAUUUGCUUUGCUCUGUUUUGUAUAUAUACAGCACUUUGUAACACUGCUUUUGAACAGUGCCAUACAAAUAAAGUUACUAUUAUUAUAAUUAUUAUUAGUAUUACUCCUAAAGUCGCAGCAUUCUGAAUGACUCCUUUUCCCCGCCUGCACCCACAAACCUCCUUUUGUUUUUGUUUGGCUUUUGGUUUUGUUUACAACACCUUCCAAAUCCAAAUAUGAUCGAUUGAUCAAUUCUCAAGCAAAUUACAAUUUCUGUGGCAGUAGCAUUUCAUGAUAGCAUUACAGCUCUUUACAAGCAAUGCUUGAAUAAAAGAACACAUGACAUUAUCAUAUCAUAUACAAAAAAAGAUAAAAUCAUGAAAUGUGUAGAAAUUAGCUCAUGGAUUAUUGCCAAAAAAUGCAUUUAAUCGGUUAGUUUUGCUCUCAGUGGAAAUGUCAGAAAUGAAAAAUUAUUGCUUAGAAAAUGUUCCCAUAAACAAAAUAAUGCUCUCAGAAUCUUUAUUAAGCACACCUUUAGUAUGACAUUUCAACAUUGUAUCCUAUAGCUAUAGGCUACUUGUAUAUGUGUAUACCAACGUGGGUAUAUAGGUCUAUUACUGUGGGUACCUGUGCAAGAUGAGUUUGUUUUGGGGUGGUUGCAUUGCACUUUUUAGUCUAGGUGAUUUUCUGUGUAAAUAUUUGGGACUGAUUAUAAAUACAUAUACUUAUUAUAAUCACCUGGAGGAAUUUGAUUGGAGUUAUGAUUUGUGUUUUAGUGCCAUCUUGUGAUUAAUCCCAGAACAUGAAGAUGAUGUCACUCAAACACCAUUAUUUGUACAAAAUCUACUCUAUUUUUAAAGAUAACUCCUUACCAUCCACUUUUACUCUUUUAUUUCUCCUAAAGUAGCUUUAAGGGUGUUAAAAUGCUUUUUCCACACCGUCUGGCAGUAUCAUACACUGUAUAUUCUGUAUAAUUUUGUUCCAGCUAUUCAUUGAAGCUAUAUAUGAUGUUUACACUGAGUGUAACAUAUAUUUAAACCCAAGACUCCAUGUUUUUUAUGGCUGCACUAUCCAGUCACAUGGAAGUAUUUUAAAUAUAUGUCCAUCAUUUUAGGCACAUUUUCCCAUAUCUCAGCAUUACAUGUUUGGUAUUUUAUGAAACAUUGCCAGUCCACUUCAACUAACAAUUAUUUGCAUUGUCAGUUUAUCUUUUUUUUUCCCAGUUAAUUGUCUAGCCUAUUAAAUGUCAGAAAAUUGGGGAAAAUGCUAAAAUCACAAUCUCCCAGAACCCAAGGCAACAUCUUCAAACUGAGUGUUUAGCAUGACUAAGUCCAAAACUUAAAGAUAUUCAAUUUACAAUUAUAUAAAACAGAUAAAAACAGCAAAUCCUCAUUUUGAGAAAUUGGAACCAGAGAAUAUUAUCUUGAUAAAUUACUUAAGUGAUCAAUCGAUUAUGGACUGAUCAUUUCAGUACUACUUAGGGAUCUCCACCAGAAUUUUAAUUCAAGUUGUGGGUUUAAAUAGUUUGCUCUAUGAGUUUCUACUGACUGACCCACUGUCAGGUCAGUGAGGUUUAAGAGGUUUUAACACUUCGACUGCUGGUAUUGAAAUAUCUUGUCUUUCGAAAUGUUCCUUGAUGACUUUCCCCAGACCCACUUUCUGCACAAACCAGUGCUGUAAUUGUAAUAAUAUGUUUCAUGUGAGGACUGUUGACUUUCUCUUAGCCUCUCUGAAAUGUAUAAAUCGUUUUUUGUGUAUCUUUCUAGCUAAUAUUCAGGGGAAAUAAAAUAAAAAUGGGA